AUGGAGAACAAUUUAAGUCGUAGUGGGAGCCAUUCAAGCUCCGUUUGCGAAUUAGAAAAAGACUUAAGUGAUAUGGAUAUUAUGAAAUCUAGGACGAAUCGACGCAACGUAAUGGUUCGAUCACAACCAGCACGAAAAGCAAAACGAAUCAGGUUUUUUCGAAAUGGUGAUAAAUUUUAUUCAGGAGUCAUAAUUCCAGUCUUGCCAGAACGAUACAGAUCAUUUGACAGUUUAACUGCAGACUUAACAAGGGUUUUAGUUGAUAAUGUUACAUUGCCUAGCGGUGUUAGAACAAUAUAUUCUUUAGAAGGUAGAAAAGUAGGAAAACUGGAUGACUUAGAAGACGGUCAGUCAUAUGUUUGCAGUGGGUUUGGGGAACCGUUUAAGAGAUUAGAUUACGAAGCCAGUGCUGUAACACCUCAGUCAUUUAGACUGAGUGGGCCGGAGUCUCUCAGUGACAGUGCAAGCCCUUCACCAGCUAGAGCUAAUAACCGACUGUCCCGAUACUUGCAGACAAAUGGUAGUAAUUCUACCGGCAAUGGGACACCAAGAGUUAGCCCCGCUGGUGACAAUGUAAUCCGGCCCCGUAUAGUUACUAUUAUUAGAAAUGGAGUGAAACCCCGCAAGGUGUGCAGAUUGCUAUUGAAUAAGCGCAAUAGCCCAACUCUUGAACAUGCCUUGGCAGCAAUCACCGAUUGUAUUAAACUAGACACGGGUUGUGUUCGCAAAGUAUUUACACAAACUGGCACACCUGUUACCGCUCUACACCAGUUUUUCGAAGAGGAAGAUGUAUUUUUUGCAUAUGGAAGCGAAAGAGUCAAUCAAGAGGAUUUUGAACUGGAAUUUGAAGAAAGUAAGGCAGUUUUACAAUGUAGAAAAAGUAAAUGCAAUGCAAUUUCUAGAAAUAUAAGGUCGGGCCCAAAGCCUCGCAUGCCGGUGCGGCCGGGCGGGGCGGGCGCGGCCGCGGCCGCGGCCGAGGGCGCGGGGGCGGCGGGCGACGGCGACGCGCCGCUAGCUGGCCUAUUGCCCCAGCCGCUGCGCCUCAAGUACAGCGUCGGCAAGAUCAUAGGUGAUGGCAACUUUGCAGUUGUAAGAAUAUGUAAGGACAAAACGAAUGGAAAGGAGUAUGCUCUCAAAGUUAUUGACAAAGCAAAGUGCAAAGGCAAAGAACAUUAUGUUGAAGCAGAGGUGCGUGUAAUGAGAAAGCUUUGCCACCCUCGCAUAGUUUCACUUAUUGAAGAUCAAGACAGUCCCGAAUGGCUGUUCCUCGUCAUGGAACUAGUUAGCGGUGGAGACUUAUUCGAUAGUAUCGCAGCUGCUUCUAAAUUUUCCGAGCCUCAAGCGCGUUUGCUAAUAGGUCACCUAACAUCAGCUAUUGCAUACCUACACUCGCUUUCUAUCGUGCAUCGAGACAUCAAACCCGAAAACCUUUUGGUUGAAGUAGGUCCUGACGGUAGUAUACGUGGACUGAAGCUAGCUGACUUUGGACUAGCGGUGGAAGUGUGGAGGCCGCUGCACGCCGUCUGCGGGACGCCGACGUACGUGGCGCCAGAGAUCCUGCUCGAGACUGGAUACGGGCUCAAGAUCGACGUGUGGGCGGCGGGCGUGAUCCUCUACAUCCUGCUGUGCGGGUUCCCGCCGUUCUCGUCGGCGGACGGCGACCAGGAGAAGCUGUUCGACGCGAUCCUGUCGGCGCGGCUGGAGUUCCCCGCGCCGCACUGGGAGCGCGUGUCGGCCGGGGCCAUCGACCUCGUCGCCAACAUGCUGCGCCCGCAGCCCGAGCUGCGGUUCGCGGCCGAGGAUGUGCUUGACCACGACUGGAUGUCGGAUGACUACGAUGAGAUGUGCGACUUUCGUACUUGGUACGACGAAGAUUCCUCAUAGCCGCGCGACGCUGGCCGCCCGUCCGACACGUCCGACGGCUGAUCGUCGCCGUCCGCUUGCUGUUUGCGUUGUGCUGCUCACAGGCAUGCCUUCAUAUUAACACCAAUACCAAAGUUAUUCCAUAAUAUAUGUAAUAUAAAAAUUAUCGAAAUAACUGCACGUGUGUUCAAUUUAAAAAAAAAUAUUCGAUCAAAUUAUUGUGGUGCAGUAUCAUUGUUGAUGUUCUGGUUUUUAUACUGAUAUCCUCACUGAUUGACAUGUUAAUAAUUAAUCAUCAAAUGAAUUCUCUAUUUAUUUUCUAUAUGCAUUUUAUGUAUAUUUUUUAAGAGAUGUAGCAUUAAUUAUUAGUAUUUAUGUGGCUGUAAAACCAGUUUUUAUUUAGUAUUAUGUAGUUUUCUUUUUCUUUAAUAUGAUCGGCCGAUAAAUUUAAAUGCAUUUAAUUCUUUGGCUAUCAACAAUCAAUAAAAAAACGAUCUCCAUUAUUGCAUUACUAGGCUACUUAUUUAUAUAUUUUUUACAGAUUAAUCAUAUCUUCAAAUUAGAUUUAUAGCUCUAAGUAGCAUAUCAUGCUCUUUCUCAGAGGCCUAUUGUAAUUGCAUUAGGAGAGAUAUGUUGAAAUAACAGAAACGGCUGUCAAAAAUUAUACAAUACAAACUAUUUGUGUAUGAAAACAAAAAUACCAGUUUAUCGAUAGGGUUAUCUUUUGGACUAGCUUUGGGCUCAUAAAAAUGGUGCAUAUCUUCUACUCUUUAGUUAACUAGUUUUUUUUUAAACAAUAAAACAUUUUUUGUUAGAUAUCAUA